AUGUGCAACCGUAAAAGGCAAACUUUGUUUAGGGAGAAGGUUCUCUCAAAAAUGGAGUAUAGCAAACAAUCAGCAGCAGCAGGAGGUACAGGCAAGCACACUAAAUGUCAAGAACAGCCUGAAAUAUUUACUGCAACACUUCCUGAACAACUUCCCGUCUUCAGAGUCCCUGCGUUUGAGAAAAAUAUCAAUGAUACAGCUGCAGUGAAGCAACUUGACAUAAACAUGGCUGUAUCUCAAAUGAAAUAUGAUGACAGUGCUGUUGGAAAAAGUAAUGCAGACAUGCAGGCUAUUCAGAAAGAGAGAAAUCGUAAAAGGAAACUUAAGAAGAAAAGGCACAAAGAACGAUUGAGACAGCAGCAAGAGACAGCAAAUGAAACUGCAGAUGCAACAGAGAAAACCCAUGCUUCGAGAGCUCCUCCAUUCAUAUUUGAUGGCAUUUUUUAA